UUCGAGUGUUGAAUGACCUGGGCGCCCUUGAAGUAGCACCAGGGGUGCUUUUGCGUACUACGACACAGGCUAGCCCAGAAACCUUUGCAGAGCAUGCUGGGAAUGGUGAUGUCAUCAGUGCUGCAGGGCACCUGGUUUCCAUAGUGAUGACCAGCAGUGGUGUCAGUCAUGCUCCUCUUGCUCUGUUGGCCAAUCACAUGGAGGCAGCUCUGAGCUGCCUGGUGGUAGAUGGGACACAUGGAGCACCAGGUGCACCAACUUCAGAUCAUGGGACGGCUGGCAACAAGGCUGUGGAGUUUGUGCUGGGUUGUCUGGUCAGAGUUCCCACAGUCCUUUGCCAAACCCUGGCCAAUCAGGUGUUUCUAGAGCCACUGGGCAGAGUUGUUGGCAUGACCACGUCAAAGUCCUUGUUGCUGGGAGCCUGUGGAACAGAUGAGCAGCGCAGUAAGCUGCACUUCCUGGGACUGCUGCUAGGGGUCGGGGAAUGGCAGCAGGAUGUGCGGAGGAGGGAGGUCAAACCUGUCAAGGUCAAGUCAGCUGAAGAUGAUUUUGAUGAGUCAUCAGUGACAAGCAUGGAGCAGGAGGAGACAGAGGAUGAAGAGGGGGAAGAUGAGAAGGAGAAAGAGAUGGAGGAGAAGAAUGAAGAGGAGAAGGAUGGAGAAGAGGAAGAGGAGAGUUCCAGUGAGGAAGAAAGUGACUCAGAAGAAGAUGAAGAGGACAAGGAGAAAGACAUUGUUAAAGCACAAAAACCUACCACUAACACAGAGGAAACAAAGAUGCAGGAGAGUGGUACUAAAGUUGAAGAUGGAAUGGAGGGAAAAGAAGAGCAGGAGGAGGAGGAACGAGAAUCUGAGGAGUCAUCUGAGUCUGAGACAGGUUCAGAAGAGGACAGUGAAGCUUCAACAAGCCAAGAUGUACCAGAUGUGGAUCCAGAGACAAAGGCCUGUUGGAAAGUGAUUGAAGACAUCCGUAGGAAUGAGUUUGGGGUGGGACUGAAGCUGGAGAAGAAGGGUGAAGACCUGGUGGAGAGACACAAGAAGCGGAUUGGGCGUGGCCUGGAGCGUCUGUCUAAGGAGCUGUACACCAAGGACACACACUUUGUCCUGGAGCUGGUCCAGAAUGCUGAUGACAAUGAGUAUGAAGCAGAUGUGUCUGCCACCCUGGUGUUUGUAGUGGAGAAGGACAGAGUGACUGUACUGAACAAUGAGGCAGGGUUUCAGGAGGCCAACAUACGGGCCCUGUGUGACGUGGGCAACAGCACCAAGGGCAAACACAAGUUUGGCUAUAUUGGCCAUAAAGGCAUUGGCUUCAAGUCAGUGUUCCGAGUGUCGGACAAGCCUGAGGUCCACUCCCGUGGGUACCACAUCUGUUUCGAUGCCAGCAGUGAUCCCAUGGGUUACAUCCUUCCCCACUGGCUACAGGAACAUGGCUUCCAGCUGACUGCUGACGACAUCGAAGGCACAGAGAAAGUUACAGACACACCACAUUGGGAGACUAGAAUCACCCUCCCCCUGAAGCCUGACCUGCAGCUGUCCCGUUCCCUUGGCAACCGUUUCCAUGACAUCCAGCCCUCCCUACUGCUCUUCCUCCACAAGCUCAGGAACAUCACCAUCAUUGAUAAGAUGGAGGGGAGGUGCCACUGUAUGGAACGGCAUGAUGUGAAAGACAAUGUCAUUGAGAUUCAUCACUCCGGAGGUCUGGAGCGCUGGCUGGUCGUCAAGAAACUCCUGGAUGCUAAGAAAGUGAGUAAGGAUGGAGUAGAGAGUACAGAGCUAGCCCUGGCCUUCCUGCUGGAGUCUGUGAGGGAACAGUCUUACCAGCAGCCUGGCCUGCCUGACAAACAGCCUGUCUUUGCCUUCCUGCCGCUCAGAAGCUAUGGAUUCAGGUUCAUCGUACAAGGUGACUUUGACAUCCCCUCGUCUCGUGAAGAUGUAGACAGAGACAGUCCAUGGAACCAGUGGCUGAGGGGAGAGGUCCCCGGUCUGUUUGCCCAGGCACUGCAGUCAUUCAAGAACCUGGAGGGACUGAGCGGUGUGGAAGCAGUGUGCAGGUUCCUACAGUUUGUGCCCAUGCCUGAUGAGAUACUGGACUUCUUCAAGCCUGUGGCCAUGCAGAUUGUACAACAUAUCAAGGCACAGGCCUGCAUGCCUGUAGAGGCAGAGAAUGGACAAAUUUCUUGGAAGCUGCCAUCACAGACCAUCCUUUCCCAUGAUCCUCUUGUGAAAGAUGUAAUUGACAGCCAGUUGCUUAGCAACCAUCUAAACCUGUUCUACAUCCAUGGUGACAUGGCUGCCGUGCUGGAGAGAUACCCUGCCCUCUCCACUGUGCUGGGCAUCCAGAAACUGUCCACCAAUCAUCUGAUAGAAGUGGGGAAGGCCAUGGCCUCUACCUUCAAGCAGCAGCCUGAGGCUGGAGAAAACCUGUUUACGGUGACGAAGGUUGCCAAGUGGCUGGCCUGUGUUCACCGUGCUCAGGAGCAGGAGUAUAACAGCUCAGAUGAGAUGGUGAGACAACUGCAGGACAUCUCCAUCCUCCCUCUCUCCAGCGGCAAGUUUGCCUCUGCCAACGGACCCACCAUCUUCUUCCCACUGUCUGAAGGCCAGGUGAAGGGAGUGACGUCAGUGUUAGCGCGGGACUUGAACACGGUGCGCCCCGGCCUGCUGUCUCUCCUGGACGAUGUGGGGAACUCCCAUGCCAGACUGAUGCUGAACACCCUGGGUGUGAAGAAAAUAUCUCCCAUAGAUGUCAUCAACCAUCACAUCCUGCCUAUACUGGAGUCUGAGGAGAGGAAGAACAAAACCAGGGAGCUUCUGAUUGGUUACCUGGUGUUUAUCAAGAGCCAAUGGGAUCAGCAGCCUGGACAUGUCGACCUUGACCGGCUGAGACCGGUUGCCCAGGUGGUGACCAACAAGGGCCUGAUGACGCCCUCCUACCAGCCUGUCCACUUCACACCUGCUUAUGGCAACAGGCUAGACCUACAGAAGAAACUGCCUGGUAAUGAUUGGACGCUGCUGGACAGCUGUUACCUGGGCACCCCCACCCCUACACAGCACAUCAUGCAGACAUGGAGACACUUCUUUGUCAAGCUGGGAGUGCAGGACUUCCUGGCUUUAAAGAAUGAAAGGGUCAAGCUGACCAGUGAACAACUGGGAAAAUCUCCAUGGAGCACAUUGAGUUCGUUCUGGCCUAAGUCUGACCAAGGGUAUGAGGUAGAAGACUACACGUGUGCAGAGUUCUACAACCUGGUCAUGGCUGACCUGCCCACUGAUGCCAGGACUCAGCAGAUGCAGAUUCUGUUUGAGAUGAUUGACAAGGAAUGGGACGGAAGCUACAGGAAGUACUCCACAGCCCAAGUGUUUGACCAAAGUGGAGUCAAACUGUGUGACACAGAGUCCUCCUUCCUCAUCCAUAUCAAGACCAUCCCGUGGGUUCCUGGGAUCAAAGCCUCAACUCUCCCCACUGUUGCUCGAGAUGGCACAGUUCAGCUCUUCCACAACCCUGUGUUCAUGCGGGGAAGCGAGCUGUACGAGAGAACCCAUGAACACCUCGGCUUGCUGGCGCAUCACGUGCCUUACCUGAACGCUGCCGUCCAGACUGAGACAAGCAGCUUUGGCCAAGUCCUUCCACUCCAACAGUCCCUGACAACUGACAGGCUAUUGGCCAUCCUCAAAGGUUGGUGCAGUGGGGAGAAAAGUCAUGCUGAUCAAGAAAAGGUAUCAGGGUUAGAGUUCGCAACAUCCCUGGCUCACAUCAAGUUUGUGUAUAACUACCUGCAGCAAAACUGCAACCCUACAAAACUGCAGGAGUUUUUCAGCAGCCUUCCAGGCAUUUUUGUUCCCAACGUAGCUGUCUGUAACAUUGACGGAGUCCUGCAUGGUAAGUUCUACCACAAGUCAGACACCUGCUGGGUGGAUACUUCAGGUAUGUUCCUGAAGUACCAGACACUUUCCCGUGGAAGGAUCGAAUGCAGGAAGAUCUUGCAGCCACUGUACAACGAUUUAGCCCCGUUCUUCUGUGCGUCCGUGAAAGUGGAAGAUUCGCCGUCAAUUUCAGAGUACGUGAACCUCCUGGAACACGUGGUGGACGCGGUCGGACCACCGGACAGUAAGGACGUACAGGACGUGUUCACGGUGUACGCCACGCUAGGCGCGAAGUGCAUCAGCGCCUCCCCAUUCGGAGCGAGCAUACAAAUCAGCGAGCAGAAUGUCGUGGAAGCGAAUGUGAAGCUGUUGAUCAGUGAGCUUGAGAAGAAGCCGGUUUUCCCCACCAAGGAGAAGAAGUGGGUCUGUCUGGAGGACAAACCGAUGAUCGCAGACGAUCGUCAGCUGGAGGAGCUGUUCCGAGGGAAAGACGACAGAGUGCAUUUCCUCAACUUCUCAGAGAGGGCAGGGAAAGGGAAACAGGUGCCUUACCAGAAGGAGUACAGAGACAUGUUCCUGAAGGCCUGUGGUAUCUGCCCUCUCAGCCAGUGUGUUCAACAAGAAUACAUCCCGACACUGUAUAUACCGUGUCCAGCAUUACAGAAGUACGUACACAUGGUGGUUCCAUACAUCCAGCGGUUCCUACUGUCACGUGAAGAACACCUGGAACUUCACGACCAGCUGCUGGAAGCAGGUGUCACCACCAACUUACAGGCCAUGAUGUUUGGACAGGUGCAGAGACUUGAGGUUGUGUUCAGACUGCAGCCCUUUGCAGACAUUGUGGAAACCAAGGAGGAGAUUUGUGGGCUGAAAGAUAAUAGGGAGUUGUACAUACAGAGGGAUAAUCUCACAGCUUACUCCAGAAUACACAAAGAACUGGCCAAGCUGUUCAGCCGUGGAGACGCCAAAGUCCAGAGGGAGGUCACCAACUUCUUGGAUCUGCUGUCACCUGUAGUUCUUGGCCAAUCACCAUUGACCAUCGAGUACUUCCUGAACAGUCAGGACAUAGAUGAACUCCCAGAGGGGGUGCAGGUGUGGGAAGUACCAGCCCCUGUGCUUCCAGUGGAGGAGGAAGAAGAAGAGGAAGAAGAAGAAGAAGAGGAGGAGGAGCAGAAGGAUGCAGAGGAAGCUGAGAAACCUGCACAGAAGCCUCGGGAGGGUCUGUACUCCUGGCCACCCAAGUCUAGUCUCUUCAGACCACAGGCAGGAGCACCACAAGGUGCCAAACAAGAUGACACUGAGGAGAAGUGGCCGACCCCCGCCCCUCCUGAGGAACACCAGAGGGGGGCACAGCUGUUACAGGAGGAAGGAGACACCAACGGACAGAAGGAGAGAACAGGAGAGGGGGAUGGACAGACUGUGAGAGACCCCGCUCCUCGUACCGAGAGGCAAGCAUCAUCAGGCCCUCCGGGUCAGGGUUCUGUCUCCUACAGUGAUGGGUCGUACCACGUCAAGGGGGAGGUCAGGGUAGGGGAGCCCACAGGGAGGACGUAUGAGCGGCAGGAUGGAGACAGAGUCGGCGGUGGGGCUCCUCCGGAGGGGAGAGUGGAGAGAGCUCUGGAGGAGGGAGAUGGGAGAGUUCCCAACAAGUACGAGCCUGCCAGGAUGGGAGGGCAGGUCAGAGCAGAGGCAGGACUAAAACCACAGGGACACCAUGAGCAGGUCAGUCAAGAGCAGAGAGGACAGCCAGAACAGAGGCCCAUCCCCUCAGCACCCAUGGAUGGAGCUCAAGGGGACGUCACUGACACAGCAGCGCCUCCUGUCAAGAGAAACAAGGACUACAGCAUGAGCAGUGAUGAAGAAACCUUGUCACCCAAGAGGACCAGACUGCAGAUGGGACCACCUGUCUGGACUACUGGGUCUACAUUUGAGGAUGCUCUGGAGUUGCUGGCAGACAGCUCAACACUGGACAUCCCUGACCAGGACCUGGACAUGGAUGCUGAUGAUACUGGAGCCAUUGGGAGAUGGGGGGAAACACUGGUGUACAAUUUCCUGACUCAACAGAAAGAGGAGUCCCCAGGACAACAGAUAGACAUCCUCUGGGUUAACAAGUACGAGGAACAGGAACUGCCGUAUGACAUCAAGAUAAUCAUCAAAGAUAAGCCAGAGGCCUGUUCAGACCAGGAUGGCACACCAGCUGAACAAAUCACCAUCCUGUACGUGGAGGUGAAGUGCACCCUGUCCCAGGGGAAGGAGUAUUUCCCCAUCUCCUCCAAACAGGUGGAGUUUGCUAUCGUGGAGGAAGACAAGUACCACCUGUACCGUGUGUACGGGGCGGGGGACGCCGACCGCGUCCGGAUCUGUCGGAUCAGAAACCUGGCCGAGAGGAUGAACAAGAAGGAAGUCAACCUGCUCAUGUUACUGUGAUGUGUGCGCUGCAACAACAGACUGUCCUUUCGUUGGUCCUUGAUGUAAAUGUUGGAUCUGAUACUU